UUUAUUCCUUCCUUUCCUUUCUUCCUCUUUCUAGAUCUAUCGUUUUCUUUUUUUUUUUUAUAUAUUUUUAUUCCCUUACGUGGUUGAUAGUAUUCUACCUACUUUAAACGAAAAUGACUUUACUUUCAAAAAAUACCAAUCAUCCUAUAAUGAGUUUAUCACGAACAUCAUCCUAUUCAGAAGCUUCAUCUUCCAAUUCUUCUAGAUAUGAUAACAUCACCAUGGUAAGUGGGAGAAAUUUGCAAUGUAUGCCUAGUGACGACGAAGACGACUUUGAUGAUGACGAUGAUGAUGAUGAUGAUGAUGAUGAUGAUGAUGAUGAUGAAGUUGAUGAAGAUGAUGAAGAUGAUGAUGAUGAAGAUUAUGAUGAUGAAGAUGACAGCUUAGUUCCAAGUGAUACGAUCAAACAUCCAUUUUUUUCUGUCGAUAUAGAUCGGAUUCAGAAUCAAACGAUAAAAAAUGGCAACGACGUUAAUAAAAUCACUACUGAUGAAGAAGGGGAAAAAAGAAAAAAAGAACAAAGGCAUAGUAUUGGAUUUCCCAUACAAAAUUUUUAUUCUACGGGACAUAAUCGUAGUGUCACCAGCAUCAGUCAACCUACUACUAGAAUACCAAAUAAUAACAACAAAGUCGUCAGACCAACAUCUCUUCAUUUGACUCAACCUACUCCUGGGACCAUCCCAAUAUCAGCUAGUACCGUAACCAUGCCAAUGACUACUCUGAAUUCUCCUUCAAAUAAUCAUCAUCAUAAUCAUCAUCAUAAUAAUAAUACAGGUGCUAUAACGACGGUGGCAAGUCAAGAUGGAUAUUCUCCGUCUUCAUCACAAUACUUGCGUCAUCGCGCUAGCUUCUCAGGGAUUGAUCUUAUCAUGGCAAGGGAACAAUUAGAGCAACAAAAAAAGAAGCAUAAAUUAAAAAAAAAAUGGAAAUCCACUGAUGCUCCUAUUGGUGGAUUAUUGGCACAAUUGCCACAACAAGGAAAACAUACUAUUAGUUUUCAGCAACAGCAACAACAAUUAUAUUAUCAACAACAACAACAAUUACAAUUACAAAAAAAUCAUCAUCAUCAUCAAAUGCAACUACUUUAUCAACAACAACAGCUUUAUCCAAUGUCAUACUCUCCUCAACUUUACCAAUCAUCAUUACCAUCAUCGUCAUCAUCAUCAUCAGUACGAAGGAGUAUUAAUAUGAUGACUUUUCCUCCUGUAGUACUAAAUCGUUCCCCUACUUCUAAUAUGUCAAGAUGGUGAAAUUCUAUAUUCCCCUUUUAUUCGUAUUUUUUUUAUUUUUCUUCUUUUUCUUGUGUUUCAUUCAUCAUUUCCCCUUGCAUUUCCCUUUACUUUUCGUUUCAUUUAUCAUGUCCCAGAUUCAAU